UUGACAAUUGAAUUUGUGGUGUUUUGGGACUUGGGUGCGUGCGUUUUGGCAUGGUUUUGGCCGAAAUUUUAAAAACUUAUCAUGCCAGGUGGAUAUAAACGAAAGAAGUACCAUGUUGGUGAUACUCAUUUGAAAAAACGCUGGCGUGUUCGCAAUAGGAAGAAGGAUCUUGACGAAAUAGACGUAGAUUUAAAAGAAGAAAAUGCUGAAAAACUAUUGAAUCAGCAAGUGGACCUUGAUCUUCCCGGGGCUGCGCAACAUUACUGCUUGCACUGUGCGCGAUACUUCAUCGAUGAACACUCCUUGAACGAGCAUUUCAAAACAAAGGUUCAUAAAAGAAGGUUAAAGGCCCUGGAGCUAGAACCUUACAGUAUAGAGGAGUCAGAGAGAGCGGCAGGUCACGGUAGCUUCAAAUUACCCAAUAAACGGAAAAUUAUUACUCAAAAUAAAGAAGUAAACGACAUAACUGAUAAAGAUAGCGAAGCCGACAUAAGCGGUAGUAAAAAGCAAAAAAUCUCUGAAAAUGCUUCGUAA